ACAAGAUGGCGGCGCCCAGCGGAGUAGAGGGUGUUGCUGGGGUUUGCUGAGACUGAUUCCCUUUCCCAAUCCCCUUUUGGGUGCAAAGCGCCGCGAGCCCAGGGGAGAGGGGCCGGGCGGGGACAGGGGCACCUGCGUAGCUGGACCGCGAGCCCGCGCCCAGCCUGCGCCGCCGCCCCCCCGGCCCCGGCCCCGGCCCAGCCUGAUCUCAUCCGUUCCGGGUCUCCGCUCGGUCUGACCCCUUGCUCGGCCGUGGUACGCCAUCACCAGGCCUCCAGAGCUGAAUCUCUCCUCCAUCCUGGGCUCACCUCCACUUUAGAGAUGUUUGGCCUCUUCCCUUCCAAACAGCCCGCCUUCAAAACCGGGACUUCUGGAUCGGCACCUGACCCCCUUUCCCUCCACUGAGACUCCACUUCUCUCUAACCCACUUCUUCCUUAGAUUCUUGAUUCUCUCCCUGGGUUGGAGACUGCUCACUUCCCUUCCAAAUUAAUCCCUCAUCCCCCAAAUAUUGACAACCUUGACAUCCCCCUCAGCGGAGAGCGAGACUUACUUUUGGACUAACCUUCGUAGCCCUAUCAUGGAGGCUGUGUACCUGGUGGUGAAUGGGGUGGGCCUGGUGCUGGACGUGCUGACCUUGGUGUUGGACCUCAACUUCCUGCUGGUGUCCUCCCUCCUGGCUUCCCUGGCCUGGCUGCUGGCCUUCAUCUACAACCUGCCACACACGGUACUGACUAGUCUUCUGCACUUGGGCCGCGGAGUCCUGCUUUCACUGCUGGCCUUGAUCGAAGCCUUGGUGCGGGUCACCUUUGGGGGCUUGCAGGCCUUGUGUACCCUGCUAUAUGGCUGCUGCUCUGGCCUGGAGAGCCUAAAGCUCCUGGGGCACCUGGCUUCUCACGGGGCACUGAGGAGCAGGGAGAUACUGCACCGGGGCGUCCUCAACGUGCUCUCCAAUGGCCAUGCUUUGCUGCGCCAGGCCUGUGACAUCUGUGCCAUCUCUAUGAGCCUGGUGGCCUACGUGAUCAACAGCCUGGUCAACAUCUGUCUCAUUGGCACUCAGAAUCUCUUCUCCCUCGUGCUGGCCCUGUGGGAUGCAGUGAUGGGGCCGCUGUGGAGGAUGACGGAUGUUAUGGCUGCCUUCCUAGCCCACAUUUCCAGCAGUGCUGUGGCCAUGGCCAUCCUCCUCUGGACCCCCUGCCAGCUAGCACUAGAGCUCCUGGCCUCAGCUGCCCGCCUCUUGGCCAGCUUUGUGCUUGUCAAUCUCACUGGCCUGGUGAUGCUGGCUUGUGUGCUGGCAGUGAUGGUGACUGUGUUGCACCCGGACCUCACCCUGAGGCUGGCCACCCGGGCACUCAGUCAGCUCCAUGCGCGGCCAUCCUACCACCGGCUCCGAGAGGAUGUUGUGCGGCUGUCUCGCCUAGCACUGGGCUUGGAGGCCUGGCGUCGAGUCUGGAGCCGCAGCCUGCAGCUGGCGAGCUGGCCGAAUCGGGGAGGGGUACCUGGAGCCCCCCAGGGUGGCCCUAGGAGGGUGUCCGCAGCCAGGACCUGGCGACAGGACACUCUUGCUGAGGUGGGGCCCAGAUCAGAGGCAGAAGAGGAGGAGGUCAGGACGACCAGAGCAGCAGCUGCCCGGGGCCGGCAGAGGCUCAAUGAGGAGGUGCCGGUAGCUGGGCAAGACCCAUGGAAGUUGCUGAAGGAGCAAGAGGAGCGGAAGAAGUGCGUCAUCUGCCAGGACCAGAGCAAGACGGUGCUGCUUCUGCCCUGUCGGCACCUGUGCCUGUGCCAGGCCUGCACUGAAAUCCUGAUGCGCCACCCCGUCUACCACCGCAACUGCCCACUCUGCCGCCAGGGCAUUCUGCAGACCCUCAAUGUCUACCUCUGAAGACUCCCUCUCUGCCUGCCCACCCCUCCACGCUCCACGCAGCCACCUGCGCUAAGACAGCAUUAGCACCUGAUCUCCGGUUCCUGGCCUGAAUCCCCACCUGCCCCCACGGCUGUCAUGCCAAGCCUCUAAGCCGUGCUUGCAGGACAUUGAGUUGGGGUACUCUGGAAGACUGUGACCUGGGUGGGGGCAGGGUAAUAGCUUUUCCUUACCCAGUGGGUCCCCGUGAUGCCGAGGGUGCUGAAUGUGUCACUAUGCAAGACGCUGAGACUGUUCGCUGUGGAUUCCCCUACAGCUUGCCAGGGCCCUCCCAGAUGCCAGCCUCUGGGGCUCCCCCUCUCUGCUUCUGGUUUUUCUGUUGGGGGUUUGCAGGUCCUCUCCCUGCCCCCUCCCUACUUCUUCCCCAGCUUUUGCAGCCACAACACAGUGUCAUUUGGGUUUUUUGGCAACUCAAGGGCCUCAGAAUGAUCUUGAACCUUUGCUUUCAGCCAGAGCCGAGGUGCCCUGGUAGGCUUUGGGGUAGGAUCUCUCAGGUUCCCUUAGAGCUACCAAGUCUGCCUGUCAUGAUCUUAUGAGGCUCCCUUCCAACCUGAUCCAACAGCUGGGAUCAGAGUUUACUCCUGGUAUGGGGGUGGGAGAGGUGGGGUGUUUGCACCUGGCUUUGGGACCAUGUACCCUCUGGCACCUCAGCUCCACUGGGAGCCUCAGGAGGGAUAACCGGAUUUCUAUUCAUACCCCCUUCACUCCUCCCAUCAUAGAGAAAAAUGGUGUUCCCUUUCCCCUGUCUCUCCCUGGCAUUGGGGAGGGCAGACUGUGCACAUUUUACUAGGGUCCAAGUACAGAAGGGGCCAGGACCUAGGGGCAUGCAGCUCUGUGAGGGGUCUGUCCGUCCCGGUUUCCAGUGAAUAAAGUUCUGUUGACAGCUC